AGCAUUAACUGGAGUAUAAGAAAUGGAAUUCGGACAGACAGACAGACUCCUGACAUCUGCAAACAGCCAAAAUGUCCAAAGGGCCUCUGAUUCUCUGGCUGGUGAUUGAACUUGCGCGGCUUUGUCUGACUCCGGCAGCAUCACAGAUUGUCGUGAGAGCAUUUUUGGGUCAGCCAGUGACUUUGCCCUGUACAUACCCAUCCUGGUCUCCGCAUAGUAAUAGCAUGUGCUGGGGCAAAGGCCAGUGUCCCAACUCCAAGUGCAAUGACGAGCUUCUCUACACCGAUGGGACAAGGGUGGUCUCGAGCAAGUCGCCAAAAUACCAACUUCGGGGGAGUAUCCAGAGAGGGGAUGUCUCCUUGACCAUCAUCAACACCAACGAAAAUGACCAGAGUGUGUACUGCUGCCGCAUAGAGGUGCCUGGCUGGUUCAAUGAUGUGAAGAGGAACAUCCGCUUGGAUCUGAGGAGAGCCCCCACAACUACACGCUUGACAACCACCCGCCGCCCAACCACCACCACCACCACCACCGCCAUGACAACCACCUCCACCGCCACCACCACCGCCAUGACAACAGCCACAACCGUGCUUCGAACAACAGUCGUGACCACCUCUGACCUCACGUCCACACCACCACUUCAGAUGGGAACUACAGCUGUGCUCACAGCCACGGCCUCCAUGUGCCCUCUGACAACACUGAGCUUGCUUCCUGAGGAAGACGCGACACUGCUGACCCUUGAGCCUUCCACCGAGGGGCCCAUCCUCACGGCAGAACCAGAGCCUGCCCUGCUCCCCAGGACCUCUCAGGGAAGCAUUGAGGCGACCUCUCACCCCAGCAGUGCCUUAUUCACAUCCAAGGCACCUGAGACAUCAUUUCUUGUGCAAAAUGAAGUUGAACCAGAACAGAUAAGAAUGACCAGCAACUACGAGCUGCUCAUGAUCAUUGCUCCCUCCUUGGGAUUCGUGCUGUUGGCAUUGCUUCUGGCAUUUUUUCUUCGAGGGAAAUUCGUGAAAGCCAAUUGUUUCCAGAAACACACCAGGCUAGACAAUGCUGGAGAAGGUAAAGAUGUCCUCGGUGGAACAGAAGAUGAAGAUGGUCUUUUCACGCUGUAAUGUGCCCCUUUUUCUUAGGACUGGCGAUGUGGCACACACUUGACCCUGUUGGACUCCCUCCUGUUCCCACAAAGAAGGAAUCGGACACUGCAGUGUAAAGCUUGACUGCUGCUUUCUUAGAGCUGCCACCAUUAAUUCGAGUGACCAAUUUGUCCCAGUUUUAAGACUGAAAAUUCUGGCACGCAAGAACCUUACCUUGGUGUCUGACAAACUGGGAUGGUUGGUCAGCCCAGGUACAUAACUAAAUUGGAGAUCAAAAGCAACACUCCUUUGAGUUCUUUAAUAUAGUGUCCCUGCACUUGGCUUUACUUCAGGCAUUAUUUUUUUUUUCUGUGACUUUGCAAUUGGACCCAAGGGGAAUUUAAUUUCGGAAUGGUGGCUCAGACUGUAAAGAAUAUGCCUGCAAGGGAGGAGAUCCUGUGUCGGGAA